CCCUCUCAUUGUACUACACAACCUACACAUGGUUCCACCUCCCAAACACCUACAACUCCCCAAAGUAACCAAGCUACACCUACCCCUCAUGUUACUUCCACUUCCCAACCACAUUUAGUUCCUCAAACUAACCAGUCUAUACCUACCCCUCAUGUUCCUUUAACACAAUUCCCAAAUAUGAUUGAAAGACCACAAACAAAUCCCUCCAUUGAUGCUACUGGUAGUCCAAUUGUUGGAUCAUCAUCCUCUAUUGAUCCAUCUUUAGAAAUUGGAAGCUUUGACUCUGAUGGACGUAUUUGGAUUCGCCCAGGUCCACAAAACACAUUCGACCCACCAAUUCACCCUACCCGUGAAAUUUCAAGAAUAAUCAAAGGGAAGUUUGAAGGGUCAUGGGAAUCAUAUGGAGAGGUUAAAAGCACUAAUGAAGGUGUGGCAAACAUGUGGUUUGAAGAGUUUCAGAGAAAGUUCAAGUGGCUGCCUGAUCAUGAUGCACAAAUAAGAAAAGCAUUUGACCAUAAAGCAUCUGAAGGGCUUUCAAAUGCUAUGUAUAGGGUGCGACGAGGCAUUGAUCUAGGGAGUUGGAUUCCAAAGCAAAAACGUGUAGAACUUCAACAGAAAUGGAAUGAUGAGAAUUGGAAACAAAAGUCAAUGACUAAUGCUAAUAAUAGAAAUUCUUCUGAUGGUUCAUUGCAUACUGGGGGAUCCAUUCCUACUUCUGAGCAUUUUAAGAGAUUGCUAAGUAUAUUAACUUAUUCUUUUCAGGAGCAAAAUUUAAAAUUAAACUAGAUUACUUUUUGUUCCUUCAGAAAAUAUCUAGAGAUAUGACUCCAACAUGUUGGGACCUAUUCCAAAAGACCCAUAAGACAGCGAACGGGAAUACAUGGGUGUCUUCCAAGGCAGAAAGGAUAGCGGUAAGUUAUAAUUUUAUAUAUAUUGAAUUAUGAAGAAGUUGAUUGAUUCUGUUAGAGAGAUAACAAUGAUUAUGUUUGCAAGACUUGACAUAUAAUGGUUAUAUUAGAGACACAA